UAACAAAGCAUCAGAAAAACUAGAACUCAUCUAAUACCAGCCAUGGAACUCAACUUCGUUUCCUUGGCCUUUCUUUUCUCGUCCUUCUUCUUUGCUCUUGUAGUGCUUAAGGCAGCCAAAUCCACAGCAAUGAAGCUGCCUCCAAGCCCACCGAAGCUCCCCAUCAUAGGCCACUUGCACCGCGUGCUCGGAUAUAUCCCUCACCGCGCCUUGAGAGACCUGUCCCGGCGACAUGGGCCUGUCAUGCUUCUGAAGCUCGGACAAGUCGACCAAGUAGUCAUCUCCUCUCGGGAGGCUGCGAGAGAGAUCAUGCAGACCCAUGAUCUCAUCUUUGCCACCCGGCCCAGACUAUUCAUCCCCGAGAUGCUUUUCCGUUGCUCUGACAUCGCCUUCGCUCCCUACGGUAACUACUGGCGGCAGAUGAGAAAGAUAUGCACGGUCGAGCUACUAAGUGCAAAGCGUGUCAAGGAAUUUGCAGCGCCUCUACAGGAAGAGAUUUUGAACCUCGUGGGGAAUAUCUCCAAGUUGAACGCAUCUCCUGUGAACCUCUCCGAGAAGGUUUUCUUACUAACCAACGGCGUGAUCUCAAGAGUCGCAUUUGGCAAUACAUGCAAGCAUGCGCAGAGGUUUCUUGUGGAGACUAAGAAACUGACGGCGUUGGCCUCCGGAUUUUGUGUAGCUGAUCUGUUCCCCUCGUUGACCUUUAUCGACACUCUCAGUGGAUUGAGAUCCGCGUCAGAGAAAUCUUGGCGUGAGUUGGAUGAGAUCCUUGAGGAGAUAAUCGAGGAGCACCAAGAGAAGAAAGCCACCUCAAAUGGCAACAAAGGGGAUGAUCCACGAGAGGAAGAUAUUGUCGACGUUCUUUUAGGGCUGGAGGAAAAUGGUGGACUUGAGUUCCCUGUCACACGCACCAACAUCAAGGGCGUAAUCAUGGAUUUGUUCGUUGCAGGGACCGAUACGGCAUCGGGAACGACGGUAUGGGCGAUGGCAGAGCUAAUCAAGCACCCUGAGAUUAUGAAGAAAGCUCAAGCGGAGGUGCGGCGAGUGCUGAAGGGAAGGGCCUGGAUUGAGGAGGGGGACAUGAGUGAAUUCCACUACAUGAAGCUGGUGAUCAAGGAGACUCUGAGGUUGCACCCGCCUGCUCCGCUGCUGUUGCCUAGGUUCUGCACCAAGAGUUGCCAAGUGGAUGGCUACGAUAUUCCGGCGGGUAGCCGGGUUGUGAUCAAUGCUUGGGCUAUAGCAAGGGAUCCAGGGUACUGGGAGGACCCAGAAAGCUUCAGGCCCGAGAGGUUCGAUGGCAGCUCGGUGGACUACAUUGGUGGUAGCUUUGAAUACGUGCCUUUCGGUGCGGGGCGGAGGAUUUGCCCUGGGAUGACCUUUGGAUCGACCCAAAUGGAGCUGAUCUUGUCCCACCUUCUCUACCAUUUUGAUUGGAAGCUUCCCAACGGAAUGGACCCCAACGAUGUGGACAUGAGCGAGACAUAUGGGGUAACUGUGAGCAUGAAAUCCCCUUUGUGCUUGAUCGCUACUCCUCACAUACCCCUCUAGAGUCAAAUAGAUGCAUCCAUCAAACUAGAUACUAUAUAAGAUGUUUGUAUAAACAUAUAUACUAAAUACUAUAUGAGAUAUAUAUAAAUAUA